GUUCCAAUUUCAGAGUCAAAAGUUUACGGUCCCUUGCGUAGAAAGUUGUCAACCUUUUCCCGUGAUGACUCAUCUACUUCACUGCACUUGAGUUUCAGUACCAGUCUUUUAGCCAUGGCUUCCAUUUCAGUUCCUCUCCUGGCCGUCCGAUCACCUGUAAACUACCUCCCAUUCCCCUCAAUCUUCAAUCUCAACCGCCCAUUUUCUACUUCACUCUCCUCCAAUGCCUUCACCCAUUUGAAAGUCUCAAGCACUACUUCUAGUUCUAACCAACCCGUCACUGAAACAACUUCUACCUCUACAUCUACCAUCAAUGUCCAAAACGACGACUCUUUAGACACCACCCUCUUCGUUGUUCGGGCCAAGAAUCGAAUUGGGCUUCUUCAAAUCAUCACCCGGGUAUUCAAAGUUCUCGGCCUCAAAAUUGAGAAGGCAAUUAUUGAAUUCGAAGGUGAGUUUUUCGUGAAGAAGUUUUACGUCAAUGAUUCUAACGGUAAGAAGAUUGAGAAAAUGGAAUGUUUGGAGAAGAUACACAAGGCAUUGUUGGAGGCAAUCGACGGCGAUGAUGGUGACGCCGGUGCCGGAGUUUAUUCUCCGUCGUCGGUGGCGGUUAGUGGGAGAGGGGUGGUUGUGAGGAAACCUGGGUUGAAGAUGGACUUAGGAUACAGGAAGGCGAAAGUUGAGAAGAUGUUUGGGUUGAUGGAUGAGUUCUUGAAGAAUGAUUCCAUUAGUUUACAGAAGGAUAUUCUUGAUCAUGUUGAAUUUACUGUUGCUAGAUCAAGAUUCAAUUUUGAUGAUUUUGAAGCUUACCAGGCAUUAGCUCACAGUGUCAGGGAUAGGCUUAUUGAGCGAUGGCAUGAUACUCACCAGUAUUUUAAGAAGAAAGAUCCUAAGCGAAUUUACUUCCUUUCGCUUGAAUUUCUUAUGGGUCGUUCUCUAACUAACAGUAUCACAAACCUUGGCAUUCAGGACCAAUAUGCUGAUGCUUUAACUCAGCUUGGAUUUGACUUUGAAGUCUUGGCAGAGCAGGAAGGAGAUGCUGCCCUUGGUAAUGGUGGCCUAGCUCGCCUUGCAGCUUGCCAAAUGGAUUCCCUAGCGACAUUGGACUAUCCAGCUUGGGGUUAUGGUUUACGCUAUCAAUAUGGAUUAUUUCGUCAGAUCAUAGUUGAUGGUUUUCAACACGAACAACCUGAUUUUUGGUUGAACUUUGGGAAUCCAUGGGAGAUAGAGCGUGUUCAUGUAUCAUAUCCAGUGAAGUUCUAUGGGACUAUUGAAGAGGAAGUUUUAAAUGGAAAGAAAUGUAAAAUUUGGAUACCUGGAGAAUCAGUUGAAGCAGUGGCUUAUGAUAAUCCAAUACCUGGUUAUGGCACGCGAAAUGCCAUCAACCUUCGACUGUGGGCUGCUAAACCAAGUGAUCAAUAUGACAUGGAGUCUUAUACCACUGGGGACUAUAUUAAUGCUAUUGUUAACAGACAGAAGGCUGAAACUAUAAGUAAUGUGUUGUACCCUGAUGACCGUUCUUACCAGGGUAAGGAACUGCGGUUGAAGCAACAGUAUUUCUUUGUUUCAGCAUCACUACAAGACAUAAUAAGGAGGUUCAAGGAUUUACAUAGAAACUUUGAUGAGUUUCCGGAGAAGGUUGCUCUUCAGAUAAAUGAUACAAAUCCAUCAAUUUCCAUUGCUGAGGUAAUAAGAGUUCUUGUUGAUGAAGAGCACUUGGAUUGGAGUAAAGCAUGGGAUAUUGCUUCCAGGAUUUUCUCAGUCACCAUUCAUGCAGUACAACCUGAAGGGCUUGAGAAAAUCCCCGUGGAUCUUUUGGGUAACGUUCUUCCUCGUCAUUUAGAGAUUAUAUAUGAGAUAAACUAUCAUCUCAUGGAAGAGUUAAAAAAGAGUUUGGGUCAGGACUAUGAUAAACUUUCCCGAAUGUCAAUUAUUGAGGAAGGUGCUGUGAAGAGUAUUCGGAUGGCAAACCUGUCACUUGCAUGUUGCCACACUGUGAAUGGUGUUUCCAGAGUGCAUCUAGAGACCCUUAAAACAAGAGUGUUUAAGGACUUUUAUGAGCUGUGGCCUCAGAAAUUUCAGUGCAAGACUAAUGGAGUAACCCAGCGCCGUUGGAUAGUGGUGAGCAAUCCUAGCUUGUGUUCAAUCAUUUCAAAAUGGCUUGGGACGGAAGCAUGGAUCUGUAAUAUUGACCUCAUAGCAGGUUUAAGAGAAUAUGCAAAAGAUCCUGAUUUACACACCGAAUGGAAGAAUAUGAAGAGAAUUAACAAAAUGAGGCUUGCUGAGUACAUUGAAACACUUACCAGUGUGAAGGUCAGUUUGGAUGCAAUGUUCGAUGUGCAGAUAAAACGAAUCCAUGAAUACAAAAGACAACUGCUCAACAUAUUAGGUAUCAUCCACAGAUAUGACUGCAUUAAGAAUAUGGAUGAAAGUGACAAGUGGAGAGUUGUACCUCGUGUAUGUAUAAUUGGGGGGAAAGCUGCCCCUGGUUAUGAUGUUGCAAAGAAGAUAAUCAAACUUUGUCAUGCUGUGGCUGAUAAAGUUAACAACGAUCCUGAUGUUGCGGAUCUCCUGAAAGUGGUUUUCAUCCCUGAUUAUAAUGUCUCUGUUGCCGAACUAGUAAUUCCAGGGAGUGAUCUUUCACAGCACCUAAGUACUGCUGGACAUGAGGCAUCUGGAACUGGAUGUAUGAAAUUUUUGAUGAACGGUUGUUUAUUAUUAGCAACCGCAGAUGGCUCAGCAGUUGAAAUUGCUGAAGAAAUAGGGGAAGCAAACAUGUUUCUUUUUGGUGCAAAGGUGGAUGAGGUUCCAGCAUUGCGAGAAAAAGGAACUAAACUCAAAGGUUCACUUCAAUUUGCACGAGUUGUAAGGAUGGUGCGGGAUGGUUACUUUGGGUUCAAAGACUACUUCAAGUCACUAUGCGACACUGUAGAGGAUGGUGGAGACUUUUAUCUCCUGGGACAUGAUUUUGCUAGUUAUUUAGAGGCUCAGGCUGCUGCUGAUAGAGCAUUUGUUGAUCAAGUAAAGUGGACCCAAAUGAGCAUACUCUCUACUGCAGGUUCUGGGAAAUUCAGCAGCGAUAGAACGAUAGAAGAAUAUGCACAGCAGAGUUGGGGCAUCGAACCCUGCAAAUGCCCCUUCUGAUUUGCAAAACAUCACCUUUCAUGCUGUACUAACAUAGCAUUACUAACCGUGCAUCCUAAUUUGGCGAUGAAGAAUCAAUGACUGCAAGAAACAUUGUAGUUUUUUCUACCAAGGGCUAGUCAGUUUAUUUUAAUUUUAACUUGUGGUAUGGAAAAUCCACAAUUAUAGGAUCUUGAAAUCACAUAGAAUCAUGUACAUGGCUCGUAGCAACGUGAAGUUAGAUACUUUAUUUUAUGCCAUGCAAGCCAUUUUACUAAUUAUGCUUUGGAAAUUUAAAUCCGACUAAUUCUACCAUAUACUAAA